AUGUAUUUCAGUCUAUUCUUCUCUAUCUAUCUAUCUAUCUAUCUAUCUAUCUAUCUAUCUAUCUAUAUAUCUAUCUAUCUAUCUAUCUAUAUAUCUGUCUAUCUAUGUCUAUUCAACUAUCUAUGUCUCUUUAUCUAUCUAUCUAUCUAUCUAUUUAUCUAUCUAUCUAUCUAUCUAUCUAUCUAUCUAUCUAUCUAUCUAUCUAUGUCUAUUCAUCUAUGUCUCUCUAUCUAUCUAUCUAUCUAUCUAUGUCUGUUCAUCUAUCUAUCUAUCUAUCUAUCUAUGUCUGUUCAUCUAUCUAUCUAUCUAAAUCUAUUCAUCUAUCUAUGUCUCUCUCUCUAUCUAUCUAUGUCUAUUCAUCUAUCUAUCUAUAUCUAUUCAUCUAUCUACGAGUCUCUAUCUAUCUAUCCAUCUAUCUAUCUAUUUAUGUCUCUUCAUUUAUUUACUAAAAAUGAUUCAAAUGAGUUGACAAUAACCAAAAAAUUGUUGCCUUUCAAAAAUAUAAAAUUCUUAUUUCUCUUUAUCUAUCUAUCUAUCUAUCUAUCUAUCUAUCUAUCUAUCUAUCUAUCUAUGUCUCUUCAUCUAUAUAUCUAUCUACUAAAAUGA